AUGAUGUCUUGCUUGGACAAAUGGAAGACCAACUUGUGGAACCUCGCCGGGAUCCCGGCGCCCCCAAACAAUAGCAAAACUAACGAUACAAUUGUCUUUGGCUACUUGGUGGCCUGGUUUUUGGGAGAAUUUGCCUCCCGCAAAACUUCCAAGGUGAUCAUCGGACACUUCCACGAGUGGCUUGCUGGCCUUGCUAUCCCUCUCUGCUGCAAGCAUCAAAUCAACAUCACCACAAUUUUUGCCACUCACACCACACUUCUAGGCCGUUACCUGUGUGCCGGAUCAGUUGAUUUGUACAAUAACCUUCAGUAUUUUGACGUCAAUCACAAAGCCGGCAAAAGAGGGAUCUAUCACAGAUAUUGUGUCAAGCGGGCAUCAACGCACUGUGCUGAUGAAUUUCCCAGCAGGCCGGCGGUCAGGACAGCACUGAGUGCCAAAUAA